AUGGGAAUCAAGUUAAUUUUUGAAGCAAUUUUUCUGUUUGGAAGUCUUUACAUGCUAGCAAGAGCUGAACCCAUUGAAGACAAACACGCCUUACUUGAUUUCAUCAAUAAUAUUUCCCACUCGAGGAAUCUGAAUUGGGAUGAGAGAACUUCAGUUUGCAACAAUUGGACUGGUGUCACGUGUAAUCAUGAUAAUUCAAGGGUGAUAGCUGUUCGAUUGCCUGGAAUUGGAUUCAGUGGUCAUAUUCCUUUGAACACUCUUGGCCGCUUAUCGGCCCUUCAGAUCUUGAGUCUGAGAUCUAAUGGUUUUAGUGGGUCUUUCCCUACUGAUCUUCUGGAGCUUGGGAAUUUGACUGGUCUUUAUCUUCAGUUCAAUAGUUUUCAGGGUCCAUUGCCAUGGGAUUUUUCAGUUUGGAAAAAUCUGUAUGUAUUAAAUUUGUCGAAUAAUGCUUUCAAUGGGAGUAUUCCUCCAUCAGUUACAAAUUUGACUCAUUUGACUGCUUUGAGUCUUGCUAAUAAUUCUCUUUCGGGUGAUAUUCCUGAUCUGAAUAUCCCUAGUUUGCAACUAUUAGAUCUGUCCAACAAUAAUCUUACCGGAGUUGUGCCUCAGUCUCUUCUUAAAUUUCCUAGUUCAGCAUUUGCUGGCAAUAAGAUUUCACCUGAAACAUCACAGCCUCCAGUUCUCCCCCCCACAGCCCAACCAAAGAAGCAUUCUUCAAAAUUUAGUGAAUCUGCCAUACUGGGAAUUGUAAUUGGCAGCAGUGCACUAGCAUUUGUGUCGAUUGCCUUGUUGUUAAUUAUUACCAACAGAAAGAAAGAAGACAAGAAAGCGACUGCAGUGAAGUCAGAGAAGAAAGAAAAAUCCCUCAAGAGGGCAGCUUCCGAGCGUCACGAUAAAAAUGGAAAGCUUGUUUUCUUUGAGGGCUGUAAUCUUGCAUUUGACCUCGAAGAUUUGUUGAUGGCUUCUGCAGAGGUGCUUGGGAAGGGAACAUUUGGUACUACAUAUAAGGCAGCACUGGAGGAUGCAACCACUGUUGCGGUAAAGAGACUGAGGGAAGUUAGUAUUGGGAGAAAGGAUUUUGAGCAGCAGAUGGAAGUUGUUGGAAAAAUCAGGCACGAGAAUGUGGCUCCGCUGAGAUCUUACUACUAUUCUAAGGAUGAAAAACUCAUGGUAUAUGAUUUCUACAAUCGGGGGAGUGUUUCUGUAUUGCUACAUGCAAAAAGAGGUGAAGAUCGGUUUCCAUUAGACUGGGAAACACGAAUGAAAAUUGCAAUUGGUGUAGCAAGGGGAAUUGCUUACAUCCACUUACAGAAUAGUGGGAAGCUUGUUCAUGGAAACAUAAAAGCCUCAAAUGUAUUCCUUAACUCACGAAAAUACGGUUGUGUGUCUGAUCUUGGCUUGGCAACAUUGAUGAAUCCAAUCAAACCACCAAUAAUGCGAACUGCAGGUUAUCGUGCCCCGGAAGUAACAGACACAAGAAAGGUAUCCCAGGCAUCUGAUGUCUACAGCUACGGAGUCCUACUACUUGAACUUCUCACUGGAAAGUCCCCUGUCCAUGCCGUGGGCGGUGAAGAGGUUAUCCACUUGGUCCGGUGGGUCCACUCUGUUGUUCGUGAGGAAUGGACGGGUGAAGUAUUUGAUGUUGAGCUCUUGAGGUAUCCUAAUAUAGAGGAAGAGAUGGUAGCAAUGUUGCAAAUAGGCAUGAGUUGUGUUGCAAGAAUGCCGGAACAGAGACCCAAAAUGGCCGAUGUAGUAAAAAUGGUUGAGGAUAUUAGAAGUGUCAAUACGGGCAAUCGACCAUCUUCUGAAACGAAGUCACCAGGUUCGACACCAAGUUUAACGCCACCUAUGGCGCAGAUUGGAUCCUCUUCAGUUUCAUAA